GGGCGGAGCCGAGGCCUGGCUCGCGCCCCAGCGGCGCAAGCGGAAGAGCAAGAUCUUCGAGGAGGCGGCGGAAGCGGAGAGCCACGGCGCCCUCGGUGAGGCUGCUGUCUCUCAGAAGGGAACUUUUUUACCAUUUGCCUCACAGUCUGCGUGUUAUAGAGCUUUAUUAUUCAAAAAAUAAAUGUCACUUAUUUGAAUUUGGAAUGAACAGACCAUGAGGCCAUAUGGUACAGAAUGGAGGAUUUGUGUCUAUGAGUGAUAGAAAUAUGACUGGAACAGUAGAUAGACACCAAAUCAUGGAGAACCUUGAAUGCCAGAUUGAGGUGGUGCCAUGCAGCAAGAAGCAGAGAGAUGCAGAGCUCGAGUCAGAAGACCUGACAUGGCGCUUUAUGUACCCAAAGCUCGAAGGGGUGUAGUACUGCUCAAAUCAGGUGAUGAGGGAAAAAGCUGUGGUCCACAUAAGUCCGUGGUGAAAGAACAAAAAGAAUCUGUCUCCCAAAAGGAGAUCUUUAGAGACAAACCUGGUGCUCAAAGACUAAGUAUUAAUCCUGAUAAAAAGGAGCACAAUCGUAGGGAAGGAAAGAAAUCUUCAACAAAAUUGAAAAAAGACACAUGCCUUCAAGAAAGAAAUAAAGAUGGAGUUUGCCCAUCUAAGAGAACCACAGAAUCCAAAGGAGUAUUAUCCCAAGGACAUCAGCAAAGAGUUCCAAAUCCUGGGAUUAUACCCAGUGUACCUUUACAAAGACAUUUUAAACCAAAGAAGGUAGAGUGUUUGGAGAUUGAAACCACAGACGUGACCGGACAUGAGGGGUUGCUUUUAUCUCAGUCUUGUUCAGAAAUCAGCAAGGCUCAGGUUCUAAACAAACCAUUCCAAAACAUGGAAUUCUGUGAUUUCAGUAGGCAUGAACUAAGUGGGGAAACAUCUGAAGACAGAGAUUUGGAAAGCAGAAUUGGAACUGAUGCUAAGGUUGUGGAGAUACUAUCCCAGUUUCCUGGAGUUUUUAGUACUGUGUUGAAACCUCAGAGUAUGACUGCACCAGUAAAACUAAGCUCUGAUUCUGGAAUUGCACAUGGCAUCCAAACAUCAGGUGGUAUAUUGAAGCUCAGCAAUGGAGGCAUCCCCACUGAUUCUGUUCCUGGAAGUUCAGAUGGUAUCACUGAUCAAACUUGUAUAGACUUUGAAGCUGAGAAUGUUGCUGAUAGAGGCAACAAUUCAGAUUUCAUCUUGGGUCAGAAAGGUAUAGAUUCCAUUCCUGAGACUCUGGGUCACAUUUCUCAUCAGAUGACUAUAGUCAGCAAAUCAGGGAGCGCAGAUGGCAGUUUUGAUCCAACAGUGAUUAGAGAGUAUGAGGAGAAUGACAGCACUGCUGAUGAGUUAUUUGUGAAGCAUGAACCUUCUGAUACAGCUGUCCUUGCUCAUGAAACAUAUUCAGAUGAUGGGUCUAAGAGUGUAGAUGACAUUACCAGUAAGGUAUGUAUGAUGGACAUUACACAUACCAUAUCUGAUCAAGUAACUGUAGGCAGCCCUUGUGUAGUUGCAGUUAGAGUAGCUGAUGAGGCCUGUAGCGACACAAGUGUUUUUUCAAACUAUUUAGAAAUGAGUGCAGAUACAGCCCCUCUUCAUGUAGUUAAAAGUGAAAAUGACACUGAAGAUUCUAGCAACCUGACUGCUUGCUCAGAUAUUUAUGCUGAGAGUAUUUCAUCUGGUUUCACAGAGUCAACAGGAAAGUCGAUAGAGAGCUUGUCAGAUUGUGCUUCCUCCUUACCUUUAAAGAAGAUUGCUGGUAGUUAUUGUAACACUUUUUUGGACUCUGAACAAAGUAUGUUAAAUGGGACAAAAGUACUCUCAGACGGUGCCUUGGGCAGUGAUCUAGAUAGUACUGGUGAUAUAUUGGAGGCAUUGCGUGAACUAAAAACUGCUGAAGAGUUCAAAACAGAAGAGGAAGAUGACUCAGAGAAUAUAGAAUUUGGUGUAUCCUUUCCUGAUAUAGAAUCAGUAUCUAUGGAAACAUCCCUGGAACCAAAAACAGUUGAAACUUCUCACGAAGAGGGAAGUACCACUACUGAGGAGAGCUGGGAGUCUAUGUUUAAUGAUGAUGGUGACUGCCUGGAUCCACGUCUUCUACAGGAGUUAUCAGGGAGUAUGAAGAAUAGAGAAAGCAUCCAGGAACCUAGAUUUGAUUAUUACAACCAUGAAGUUCCUGAUACUGACCUCAGUGAUUGUGAAUUCCCACAUGUCAUUGAAAUUUAUGACUUCCCCCAAGAAUUUCGUACUGAAGACCUGCUACGGGUUUUCUGCAAUUAUCAAAAGAAAGGAUUUGAUAUUAAAUGGGUGGAUGAUACACAUGCCCUAGGAGUAUUCUCCAGUCCAAUUACAGCUCGUGAUGCUCUGGGUAGUAAACAUACCAUGGUGAAGAUCCGGCCCUUGUCACAGGCCACAAGAGCAGCCAAGGCCAAAGCUAGAGCUUAUGCUGAGUUCCUCCAGCCAGCAAAGGAGCGUCCUGAGACUUCAGCAGCCCUAGCCAGAAGGUUAGUCAUCAGUGCCCUUGGGGUUCGAAGUAAGCAGAGCAAAAUGGAACGGGAAGCAGAGCUCAAGAAACUGCAAGAAGCCCGAGAGAGAAAACGAUUGGAAGCCAAGCAACGGGAAGAUAUCUGGGAAGGCAGAGACCAGUCUGCAGUUUGAACAUCACUCAUUGAAAGGGAUAAUUCCAUGAAUUCAGAAAUAUUUCCAUAGUCUUCAGAUACGAGGAUUUUUCCAGAGCUCUGUAUACAUGCAAAUGUGCAUGUUAAUGAAAGAAAGAGAUAAAGUGAUCAAGACAAGGGUUGACUGAGUAUAGGAAGAAGAUAGACUUCUGUCUGUCUUCACUCCUAAAUGCAGUUCCUUGGAAUUGCCUUACUGUGUUGGGCAUGGAAAGGCGCCAUCAGCUAGGAAGAAACUUGGAAGAUGUGACUUCCAAGAGUCCCCUGGACAGGUCACGUCAUGUUAGCACGGGUCACACUUCCAGGAUGUUUUAACCAAAUACAGAACAGAGGAUUCAAACCUGCAAUGAUGGGAGAUUUAGGCCCAGCAAAGGCAAAGUGUUCCUUAGUACCUCACAAGGCUGAGAACAGCAAUAUUGCCAGGAGCAGGAGUGGGUGGGAAGGGGAGGGAGCAGUUAACACAGAGAGAUGGAAGGCUGUCUGCUGAACUUGGUAUUCACAGACUCUACACUGCCAGUUCUAGAGCCCCAGAGUUGGUGGACUGCAGCAGAUACAGGUGUCUGGACUCCAGGGUUUAUACUGAGCUGAGUGCCUGGGGCUGCUCCAGCUGCAAGGCAGCCAGGGGCAUGCCAGUCUCGUUCCUCAUAGGAAGCCGGUCUUGGGAGCUGUGCACCAGUUCCAGUUUAAGCAGUACUGUCAUGUUGUAAGAGGGAGACAUUAAAGCCCAUUUUAUGACAUAUAUCA